ACGUGACCGGAAGCAACUUUCCCUUCGCGGUCAAAAUGGCGGCGUACAGCGCGUGAAGAGGACACCAGCGGUAGCUGGUUAGAACGUGGAGAAUAUGUUUAAAACGCCAUGUAGCCGAGCAGCAGGUCUGAUUGGUGCUGGUCUGAUCGUGAACCCAGCGCUCUUCAUAAACGCCCCCAGAAAUCAGCGGCGUGUCCGGACUCUAGUGCAGCUCUGCAGGAGCGACCCGGCGCAAUGGAUCACCUUCCAGCACCUGCGUUUCCUCAAGAGACAGUAUGUGAAGGUGAGCGGUGCUCUGAGCCAGCGAGCCCGGCCCAAGCAGGAGCCGGUGAUCUCUACACUGGAUGAAAGAGAUGACCCGGUCCUCAGGCAGAUUCAGGAGAUCCCAGACGUCAAACCCGUGUCCGGCGUGACGAUUCCAAGCGCUGCUGAUGAGCCGGAGGCAGUCAGGCAGGCUCGGAUAGAGGCCCGGCAGUGGAAGGAACUGAGCGUCGACUACUCCGAGUUACCGGGGAUCUAUGCUCGGCUCUCUAAAAUCAAACUCACAGCGCUUGUGGUCACAACAGCGGCGGCGGGAUACGCCAUGGCUCCCGUGCCCUUUGACCCCAUCACUUUUACGCUGGCCACAGUUGGAACAGGUCUCUCUUCAUGUAUGGCCAAUUCUAUUAACCAGUACUUCGAAGUGCCCUUUGAUUCCAACAUGAACCGUACAAAAAACAGACCACUGGUUCGAGGACAAAUAAGCCCCCUCCAUGCCGUAUCAUUCGCUCUGGCCUGUGGGAUUCCCGGCGUGACCUUGUUGACCCUGGCUGUGAAUCCUCUAACUGGCUUCCUGGGGGCUCUGAACAUCUUCCUGUACACGUGUUGUUACACGCCCCUGAAGCGUAUCAGCAUCACCAACACGUGGGUGGGCUCGGUGGUGGGGGCAAUUCCUCCGAUCAUGGGCUGGACCGCUGCUACAGGCGCACUUGAUCCAGGUGCUCUGCUGCUGGGGGCGUUCCUCUACUCGUGGCAGUUCCCUCACUUCAACGCACUGAGCUGGAACCUCCGCGAGGACUACUCGCGCGGCGGAUACCGCAUGAUGUCGGUCACCCACCCGGCACUGUGCAAGCGGGUGGCACUCCGCCACAGCGUUGCCCUGAUCGGCCUGUCCACGCUCGGCCCCGUGCUGGACGUCACCACCUGGACUUUCCCGCUCAUCUCUCUGCCCAUCAACCUCUACAUCAGCUACCUCGCCUUCCGCUUCUAUCAGCGUGGCGAGCGCCAGAGCGCCCGCAAGCUCUUUUUCUGUAGCCUUUGGCACCUGCCCAUGCUGCUUCUCCUCGCCCUCACCUGCAAGAAGAGACGCCUAGCCGAGGAGGCGGGGCCAACCGGGUCCACGGACGCAUCUAUCGCGUUACACGCAUCCUCUUCUUCCUAAACCACGAUAAACAGCUUUAUUUUCCGUCACGAAUGACGGCUCGGAUCCAUCGGAGCAAGACCGAACACAGAGUAAAGUCUGAUCCGAUUAUACGGUUGCUGAAGAUAAAAUUCCCGGACUCUCUCAGGUCUUUCGUAAAUUAAGUCUGAAAAGAGUGUAAAUAUGUGAAAUAUUGAAUAAAAUAUCCAUCCACACGAUCGCAGAAGCCAGAAUCAUUGACUCGCUGAAUGAGUCACAUUUAAAUGAUAGGGAAUUAGAUCCAGAUUUGGAUCUGGAGCGCUUCUCUGUAUGUAAUGCUACACGGUCCUGAGUUGCAGCUCACGUUUAAAGCCAAAAAUUCUCAUAUACUGUAAGAGGUUUGCUAAACGAACGUGACUGGACCCUGUUUCGCUAACAUGGUGCCGGAUAUCUGAGCAAGGUUUCCACUGGUUUACAAGUUCAACCAUUAUAUAAUUGGACGUGGGAGCCGAAAUAAAUUCGUUCCGCGUUGAUACACGACACAAUAGUGUCAUGGACAUUCUCUUUGUUCCUAGUAACAUGGUUGGUUAUUUAUUUAUUCAGUGACUGGUCUACUUUUACUGCUUUUCCACCAAUAGAUUACAGCGUCGAUGUCCUGUACACUUAGCUUUCCACAAGCUUCAGAAUCCUGAAUACUGUAAUCUAAUUGGCUGUCCACAUUCCCUCCCUUAUGCACCUUAGUCAAAAGGUUUUCAUCAGAAAAACACGCUUUUGAAUAAGACUCGGUAGCGAAAGCUAGACGUCUGCUCACAGUACUAGCAGUUCUAGCAUUUUCCUGCAGAGACUCGACUCCAGAACCUCCUGCCUCGAGAAAAAGGUUCUGUGAUACUCCAGAGAGAAAGUAAGCCCCUUGGCGUUGGCUUUCCUGCCGUCCUUCAUACUGUAUGCAGCCUCUUGAUGUCGUGUAACGACAUGUCUACAUCUGACCUCACUGUAUAAAUAAUUCAUCUAUGUGGAAUAUUAAAGAACAUGUGUUCUUUAAAAUAAAUGCUUUUUAAUCAGUGUUA